AUGGUUGUGAGUAAAAGAAGUAAGACUCCGGCCUUUGCUGACAAGAAGGGAGACGUUGUUGAGAAGGACGAGAUUGACAAAUAUGUCAAGUCUGGCAAGUUCAACGAGGGUAAAGGUACCGGCAUUGAAUAUAUAGCCGAAAAAUGGUUGUUGAGAAGUGCUCCAGAUUCAGCUACACUUUAUAAGGUUAUGAAUUACCUUGUGACAGGCCUUGCACUUGUGUUGAGGUUAUGGCGCAUCAGCGAGCCUAGAGAAGUUGUUUUCGAUGAGGUCCAUUUCGGUAAGUUUGCAUCGUACUAUUUGGAACGUACAUACUUUUUUGAUGUGCAUCCUCCUAUGGCUAAGAUGUUGAUUGCUGCUAUUGGAUGGUUAACGGGUUAUAACGGUAGUUUUAAGUUCGAUGACAUUGGGUACAGUUACGAUACUUACUAUGCGCCAUUUGUUGCAUAUCGUUCGUUAAGUGCUGUGUUGGGUGUUUUGACAGUCUCUGUGGUGUUCCAGACCAUGAAAGAGCUCAAUUUCAAGGCUGUCACUUGUUUCAUCGCUGCGUUCUUAAUUGCUGUGGACAAUGCUCACGUGACUGAUACUAGACUUAUCCUAUUGGAUGCUAUGUUGAUCUUUUCCAUUGCAUUGUCAAUAUACUGCUAUGUCAGAUUCUACAAGUUGCAAUUAACUAGUCCAUUCUCUUCUGAGUGGUAUUUGUGGUUAUAUUUGACCGGAUUUUCGUUGAGUAUGGUUAUGUCAACCAAGUAUGUGGGUCUUUUGACAUAUUGUACCAUCGGACUGGCCGUUGUCGUGAAUCUAUGGCAAUUGUUAGAUAUUCGAUCAGGAUUGAGCAUGAGGAAAGUUGUCAAGCAUACCUUGGUCAGAAUCAAUGGGUUAAUUAUUUUCCCAUUUGUUGUAUAUUUGUUCUGGUUCUGGUGUCACUUUGCUAUCUUGAACCAAUCGGGUCCCGGUGAUGCCUUCAUGUCGUCUGACUUCCAAGACACCUUACUAGAUGCACCAGGCGCAGUGGAAAUUAAAAGCAUUAACUAUCAUGACAUUAUUACGAUUAAACACAAGGCCACGGAUGCUUUUUUGCAUUCUCAUUUGGCCAAAUACCCAGUUCGUUACGAAGAUGGUCGUAUUUCAUCAAAUGGCCAACAAGUCACCUGCUACUCUCAUGAGGAUAUCAACAACCAAUGGGAAAUUUUGCCUCCAAGUGGUUCUAAAUUCAAAAAGGGUGCUCCAGUGAAAUUGGAUGCUGACAUCAGAUUGAGACACGUCGGUACUAACACAUACCUUUUGGCUCAUGAUGUCGCUUCUCCAUACUAUCCAACUAAUGAGGAAGUAACUACAGUUUCUGAAGAAGAAGCUAAUGGUGAAAGUUACGACUUCACGUUGUUUCGUUUCCAACCAAUUUUGCCUAAGAACUCUGGACGUGUUGCCAAGACAAAGAACUCGGCUUUCAGAAUUUUCCACGUUCAAACAGCUGUUGCUCUUUGGACUCACAAUGACAAAUUGUUGCCUGAGUGGGGUUUCUCUCAACAGGAAGUGAAUGGUAACAAAAAGGUUCAGGACCCUGAAAACAAUUGGUUCGUUGACUCUAUCGUUAAUAUGCCUGAAAACGACAGCAGAAGGAUUUAUACUCCAAAGGUUCCGACUUCAAUGCCAUUCUUCCAAAAAUGGUAUGAAUUGCAGUUCUUAAUGUUUGAACACAAUAACAAGUUAAGUUCUGAACAUCCAUUCGCUUCUAAUCCCCAAAGUUGGCCAUUGUCUUUGAGUGGUGUCUCCUUUUGGACCAAAGAAGAAGGAAGAAAGCAAAUAUUCUUCACAGGUAACAUCGUCGGUUGGUGGUUUGAAAUUGUUUCUGUAGCCCUUUAUCUGGGCCUUGUCGUUGCCGAUCUCAUCACCAGACAACGUGCUGUUUACGCAUUGAACAAGAUGGCCAGACAAAAGUUGUAUGGACCAAUGGCAUUUUUAAUUUUUGGAUGGUGUAUUCAUUACUUCCCGUUUUUCUUGAUGGCCCGUCAAAAGUUCUUGCAUCACUACCUACCUGCUCAUUUAAUUUUAGCGAUGUUCUCUGCUGCCCUGUGGGAAAUAGUCUUUACUGAUAAUCAAUCUUUGGACUUUGACUUAGAUGAAGAAGACUCCAAGAAUCCACAUGAUGCUGAACCAAAGGUUUACACCAUUGCAUACUAUUUGUUCUGCCUCAGUGUCAUCGUAAAUGUUGGUGGAUGCUUCAUCUAUUUUGCUCCUUUGGUUUACGGAUUAUCGAUGACAGUGGACCAAAUUAAGGCCAGACAAUGGUUCGACAUUAAAUUGCAAUUUGCCAAAUAG